AUGCUUCUCUCGCUAGACCAAACCUUUCAGGCAAUUCUGAGCUGCCAUGAGGAGGAUUUGCAGGAAGUUCUUUCCGAAUUGCCAAGUCCAGAAGAUGUGGACAUACUUCUGCAUUCGGACUUGGCGGAUAAGACAGAAGCUGUGCGCAGACAGCCCCACCUUAUGAUUGAUCCACUGCUAGGAGGCAACAUGCCUCCAGUGCAAGUUUUUGAGAUCAAGCCGACGGUGAGAAUGCCACGUCGUUGGCAGCCGUGGAAGUUCAUCUCCGUUGCCAUGGUGAUACCUUUGCUAUUGAUGCACGCAACCCAGGUGCAUCAGCCCACGCUUUCGAAACAAGUGGCUCCGCCAAUGCUCCGUAAGGUGUUGGAUGGAACUCAUGGUCAAACGGGUCUGGAAGUCUAUGAGCUAGCUUUCCUGUUGCGGUGGCAAGAGUCCCAGGCACCCAGCGCCAUGGAAUUGGGAGGAAAUGAAACUGAGAACAUGGCAGACAGGGAACCCGUGUGGUUCAACCGCUGGCAAAACUCUGGCUUCAGUCGGUCCCACGUCGAGACAAACUGGUCUCAUAGACUUGUGCCUCACAUGACGGGUGCAGCCCGAGCUGACCAGUGGCUUGCCGCGGCCGCGCAGAUGCACAGGCCAGAUGCUGAUGCCAAAAGCAAAGUGGUUUCAGUAGAAAUCCAGCAUCAAGUGGUUGCGGAGCCAGAACUGGUGAAGAGGCGCCAGAAGUUGAUCGAUUUGAUGAUGGCGACAUGUUUCCGCGAGACAGGGGAAGAGAUGGCAGCAUUGCAAGUUUUUGACUAUGUGAUCCGCCAGGCCGAUGAGAACCUCUUUCACCCAGAUGGUGACAAGCUCUUCGCUGCCAACCAGGGGUUAGCUGAACAGCUUCGAGAAAUGAUUCAAGUUGAAAGUCCCACAGUGGCCCAAAGGCUAGAAGAGGUGGACAUCGAUUACCUCCCAAUGAUUGUACAAAACUGGUUCAUCGAUAUGUUCCUGCACGUGCUGCCCACAGAAGCAGGGGCACGUCUUUGGGACCAUGUUUUGGAGUCUCAAGGAGUUCCAUUGAAAUUUGGAGUUCAGUUGCUCCUGUCCGGCAAGCAAGCAAUUCUGAGCUGCCAUGAGGAGGAUUUGCAGGAAGUUCUUUCCGAAUUGCCAAGUCGAAUUCAACGCCGCCUGGAGAUGGAAGAUUUGGCUGGUUCACCGCAAGUUGAAAUCAUAGGUCCAGAAGAUGUGGACAUACUUCUGCAUUCGGACUUGGCGGAUAAGACAGAAGCUGUGCGCAGACAGCCCCACCCUAUGAUUGAUCCAGUGCUAGGAGGCAACAUGCCUCCAGUGCAAGUUUUUGAGAUCAAGCCGACGGUGAGAAUGCCACGUCGUUGGCAGCCGUGGAAGUUCAUCUCCGUUGCCAUGGUGAUUCCUUGGCUAUUGAUGCACGCAACCCAGCAGCCCACGCUUUCGAAACAAGUGGCUCCGCCAAUGCUCCGUAAGGCCUCCCUCCCGCCAGUUUUGCAUUUCGUGCCCAUGCACGAGGCAAAUUGGCCAAAGUGA